AGCUACGCCACUGGUGGCGGCGGUUCCUGAUUCACGCGAUACACACAACUCUUAUUAUGCAAUUAAUUUAAAUUAAAUACUUUCAUUUUACUUUCACUAUUAUUUUCACUAAAAUUAAACAGACAGUAGGAGUAGUCGAGUAGAGUAGAAGAGUCAGAAAGUCACAUAUUUUUUGGUAAAGUUACGAACGAUGUCAAGUGUCACCUUAUAUUGAAGUUUUGUUCAAAAGUUCUAAACAAAGUUAAAAAUGAAAGUAAAAUAACAGAAGCUUUACAAGUUUUAGAAUUUUAGAAAAUUUUCAUUCAUGCUAUUGCUUUACAAAAUGUUCGCACGCGUUACAUUUUAUCCUACAUUGGUCUACAAUGUAAUUAUGGAAAAACUUUCUCCUAGGCAAUGGUAUAACAGAAUUGAUGAUGUUGUUAUUUUAGGAGCCUUGCCCUUUAAAAGUUUGACGAAAGAGCUUAUUGAGAAAGAAAAUGUCAAGGCAGUUGUAUCAAUGAAUGAAGAUUAUGAAUUGUUUUUGGCCAAUGACGCCAAGUCCUGGUCAAAAGAAGGAGUUGAGUUUUUACAAUUAGCAACAACUGAUAUAUUUGCAACUCCUUGUCAAAGUAAGCUCGUAGAAGGAGUUAAGUUUAUAAACAAGUUUGUUCAAAAUGGAAAGAUUGUUGAUGGCGUUUCUUCCACAUCUGUCUAUGUUCACUGCAAAGCUGGAAGAACACGAAGUGCUACUUUAGUUGGAUGUUAUUUAAUGCAUAGGUAUAACUGGACCCCAGAAAAAGCUGUCGAACACAUGAAACAGAAGAGGCCACAUGUUUUAAUUCAUACGAAACAGUGGGAAGCUUUAGAAAUAUUUAGAUGUAAUCAUACACUAAACGUUGAAAUGUAAAAUUUUAAUCUACUAAAUUCAAACAUACUGCUCGCCAAAAUUAACGCAUAAUUUUAAAAAUCCUGGUAAAUCAAAUAAUUUUAAUGUUUCGAUUUUUGUGAUAAUAUAUAAUCGUUACUACCGGUACAUUGUAAAAUUUAUAGAAAAAACAGUAAAAAGCGCUGAUGUUUUUAGUCCAGGGCUCAUUUGUUUUGAGAUGGACGUUGAGAGGUGACUAAAAUUUUUUUGCAGAAAUUGCUUGAAAAUAACUCAAAUAAUAAUAUUUGAGUUAUCCUCCCACUCAAAAUGGUCCGGAACAUUGUUUAAAUAAUCAAAAUGUCAAAAUAUGAAGGAAAAUUCAAUUUUUUUUAUUGGUUUUUUGAAUAUAACUUUAAAACUGUUCAUUUCUGACAAAAGUUGUACUGACAUAAAAGUUGCGUAAUUAAAUUUCCUACAAUACGGAAUUGGUUAAAAAUUUAAAAAAUAGUCACCCUUGUUGCAAAAUAGCAAUACUUGCGAAAAAAACCAUACAAAAACAAGUAUUCGCAUUUUACGUUUUUCAACCAUUUAUGCUACACUUAGGACCUUCAUAUUUUACCCAGAAAAACUUUAUGAUAUAGUAAAACAACAUUGUAAAUUUCAUUAAUAUCGGUUUAAUAGAUUUUGCAAAAUAAAUUUUGCAAUCCAGCUUUCGCAAAAAAAAUUCAUUUUUUAAAAAUGUUGCAGGACUGAAAAUAAAGCAGAUAGUAAGGUGAAUUUUUUUUGCUUAUAGAAGUGUACUGUACUUUUCAUUUGCAAUUUGCAAAAUUAAAAUCGAAUAAUUACCGCGGCGUCAGGAAAUUUUUUAAAUAAACAUUAAUUUUUGGUGCUACGCGCAGGACAGCGGUGUUCGAUUCACACAAGUUGAUUUCCACCAAAAUUUCUUCUAAUCUUUAUCUAAUAUAUUAUUUUCUUACUCUAUAUUUUGUUGUAUUUUAAGAUUUUAAUUCCACAAAAAUCAAACUAAUUUUAUUGUUUGUGAAAUAUUGUUUAAACAAUUGCAUAUGUUUAAAAAUAAUAAACUUUUAUCCUCUAAGUUAAAAUAUAUGAACAAAGAAAGUUUUUACUAAAGAACGUGUUAUUUCAAAGGAUAGAGUAUGUGAUUUUAUUUUGCAAUAAACAAAUUUAUUUAUUUAUAUCGAAAUGUAAUAAAAAUUAAAAUGUAUCAAUCAUUAUCAAAGGUCAUUGAAAUGCCCAAUCAGAACAAACUAUCCGCUGUCCUGCGCGUAGCACCAAUAAUUAAUGUUUAUUUAAAAAAAUUGCUGACGCCGUGGCAGUUAAUCGAUUUUAAUUUUGCAAAUUGCAAAUAAAAGGUACAGUACACUUCUAUACGCAAAAAAAAUUCAACUUGCUAUAUGCUUUAUUUUCAGUCCUGUAACCUUUUGAAAAAACGAAUUUUUUUUGCGAAAGCUGGAUUGCAAAAUUUAUUCUGCAAAAUCUAUUAAACCGAUCUUAAUGAAAUUUACAGUAUUGUUUUACUGUAUCAUAAAGUUUUUCUGGGUGAAAUAUGAAGGUAAUAAGUGUAGCAUAAAUGGUUGAAAAAAUGUAAAAUGCGAAUACUUGUUUUUGUACAGUUUUUUCGCAAUUAUUGCUAUUUUGCAACAAGGGUGACUAUUUUUUAAAUUUUUAACCAAUUCUAUAUUGUAGGAAAUUUAAUUAUACAACUUUUAUGUCAGUACAACUUUUCGUGGAAAUGACUACUUUUAAAGUUAUAAUCAAAAAACGAAGAAAAAAAUCGAAUUUUUCCUUCAUUUUUUGACAUUUUGAUUAUUUAAACAAUGUUCCGGACCUUUUUGAAAGGGAGGAUAUCUCAAAUAUUAUUAUUUGAGUUAUUUUCAAGCAAUUUCUGCAAAAAAAAAUUGAGUCACCUCUCAACGUCCAAAUGUACUAAUAUUUUUACAGAUCCGCCCUGGUCUAUUUAUCAUUUUUUGUAAACAAAAUAACAAAAUCGUUGUGCUUCAUUUUAAUUCGAAUUUAAUUGGGAUGGAAUACAUUUUUUUGAAUGUUUAAAGUUUAUUAAGUGUUUUUCCCUUUGAAAUGAACCACCAGCAGCAAGAAGAUCGAAAAUUGUCAGAAAGUUACUGUAUUAGAAUCGUUAUUCCUCGUAAAGAAGGGUGCCGUCAAGUUGAACUCGCUGAACGGUUUAAUGUCACUCUGUUAACCACUUCAAGAGUCUUAACACGUUUUACUGUUACUGGAAGCAACUCGAGAAGAUCCGGUCAAGGCCGUAGAACGGUUACAACUCGCAAUCAACAUCGCUCUUUGACACUUCAAAGGUUUGUUACCAAUACUUCGUUACAAAAUGAAUUUUCGGAUCGUUAUAACAUUAGAACCAGCCACAGGCGUAGCCAGGUUUUAGUUUCGGAGGGGGUUCAAAAAAGUAAAACGACUAAAUCUACAUAAAAUAACUUUUAUAUUCAUAAUAAAAAUUUGAAAUAUGUUAAUAUCUUAACUUUUCGGGGAGGGUUUGAACCCCCAAAACCCCCCCUGGCUACGCCCGUGGAACCAGCCAAAAUACGAUAAGGAGAAGAAUUGCCGUAGACGACCUGUGCCCUGGAAGGGCAUCCACUGGCUCAUUAUUGGCCUGAGAUCAUAGAAGGCACAGAUUGCAUUUUGCUCGAGAACAUGUUUGAAAUAAUGACGAUUGUGGAAGAAUAUUGUUCAUCGAGUCCAUAUACUGUCUUUUUUCUGAUGAUAGGCGGAACAGAGUGUACACAAGGCCUGAGGAACACUAUGCAUAGUGUAACACUGUUGGAGGCUCGUACGAAGUUAGUUAGAAUAGAUCACGGGCGGCUUACAUCACACGGUACAUUACAGACAGUUUAAAAUAGCACGUCGUGCUAUUUGCACCAUUUAUUGGGAAUAUCAUGGUUAUGCAAGAUAAUGCCAGGCCGUACAUUGCAAGAAUUGUGCAGCCAUAUCGUCAGGAGGCUGGGAUUCCUGCCUUGGUUUGACCUGCGAUAAGUCCCGGCUUUAACCCAAUAGAACAUGUUUGGGAUAUCGUAAGGAGACGACUACGAUAACUACCUAAGGCACUAAACACAUUAGAUCAACUGUUUUUGCGAUUAGUUGAAAUUUGGGAUUAAAUUGAUCAAUAUGAAAUAAGAACGGUAAUUCUCAGUAUGAGUGAUCGUUGUCAAGCCAGAGGAAGCAAUACCCGCAAUUAGUUUAAUUUUCUUUAACCGUUGAUUGAGGUAUUGAAAAAUUUUCAAAUCCGGAAUAUACUUUUUUGUAAAAAAGAAGUUUUUUAUUUCAGAUGUUCUAAAAGCAACAUUAAAAAACAAAACAACAAAUAAACAUUUUUUCAUUAUGACUGAAAUUAUAAUUUUUAAAUUAUGCGUUAAUUUUGGCAAGUAGUGUAUUUUAGUUUUAAAAGAUAAACUGAUUUUAAUAAGCAAUCAAUUUGUUAUUUGUUACUUAUUUUUUUUUGUAUUACAAAAUAUUAAAUUAGCUGCUUUAGGCAAAUAUUUUUACUCUUGUUGCAAAAAUACUCAUAUUUUAUAUUUAUUACAUUUUUAUAUUUAUAUUAUUUUAUAAUAAAAAAACAUUCUUUUGAUUGUCAGAAAAGUUUAACGACUAGAUACGAGUUUCUCUAGCCAUGGCAUAGCUAUUUUUUUGCUAGUUUAUGUUAUGCAUGUUUCCUCUUUAUCAGACAAUGGACGGAUUGCUGUCACUACAUUUUGCUUCCUAACAGUUUUUGAAUAAUAUUUUAAUGUAGUAUUUAGAAUAUUACAUAAUUUUAAUUCAAAACACGCUAUUUUUGAUGAUUCGAUUUCCACCUCGAAAAUCGUUCUCAAAAUAAGUCUUACUGUAACUUAAAAGUCUUCUUACUGUUUAACUGGGGAACCAAAGACAUAAUUAGAUGAGUUUUAUAUAUAGGUAUAACCGGUUCUAUAGCGUUCUACGCCUUCCGGUACCCAAUAGCCAAGCCUGUCGAUCUAGCCAGUCUCUUUCUUGAAGAUUUCUUUCUGACAUGGCUUUUGUAAUUCCUUUUUUUGAGGAGGUCGGUGGCCUUCCUCUUUUUCGUUUUUCUGGCGGUAUCCAUCUCAUUGUAAUUUUUGGUAAUCUUUCAUCUCCCAUUCGUUGUAGUCGUUCAUCAAGUAAGUUGUUUUCGUUGUACCUCUUCCACUAUUGUUUUUUGCUUACCUAUUUUUUCUCUGAUCUGUUCAUUUCGAACAUGGUCACAUCUCGAUAUUCUGGCAGAUCUAAAAAAAUCUAUUUCAGUAGUAAGCAGCUUAUUUUCGGAUUUUUUUAUCAUUUGCCACACUUCGGAGCCAUACGUUAAAAUUGGUUUCAGAAUAGCGUCGUACAUCCUCAUUUUUGUAUUUAAAUUUAUGUUAUGUUGCCACAAGACAGAGUUUAGGGCUCUAGUAACCUUUCUAGCCUUCGUCACUCUUAUCAUCAAUACUGGGUUAAUUUAAUCCCUAGAUAUUCAGGGUGAGUCACGAGGAACUGUACAUACUCCUACCUCGUAUAGAGGCCCCUAUGGGGAAUAACAAAUGACCAUUAAAAGUGUCUGCUCCCAUUGUUUGAUAAUAUACAGGGCGAGUUUCGCAUUUUGACAGAAAUUUAUAUUCGUCAUAAUUUUUGAACGUUCAGAUCGAUGUCUCUUAUUUUGGUCAAUCGUUACACUAUUACCACCUAAUCAACUGAUUUAUUCAAACUAGAAAAAAAUCAGGUCCGACUGUAAAAAUUUAGUUCGUUUGGGUCCUAGAAAAAAUUUCACCCUGUAUACGCUUUUUGAAAACUCUAAUAUUAAUUUUACAAAUUAGACAAAUAGGCAAUUAAAAUGAGAUAUUUAUUUUUUCCCCACACGAUUACUUAAUUUUUUAUAAAAAAAUCAAAUUGACUAUGAAUUAAAAAUUUGGUAAAGUGAACCAUAGAUUUAAAAGAAUGUGUGUGUACUUUGUACGCACGUAAGAAGUUAUACUUCUACUACAUAUUAUGUGAUUUUUAAGACAAUACCAAAAAUUUAAAAAAAUAAAAGAAUAAAACGCACACAAACACAUUGAAAAAUGCCACAAAGAAAAAAUGAUUUCUGAACGAUAAUAAUUGUUGGCAAAAAUUUUAAAUACGCAUUUUCUGAAAAAAAAAAAAUUAUAUAACAAAUAUACUUACAAUCAUAAAAUGCAUAAAAAAAUAAAAACUUGCAUCGGGAAUCGAACCCGUGAAUUUCGUGGCGCUUUGAUUCGUAAUCGAAGCCUAGACUCACUUGUCCAAUUCCACAUUAUUUGUCAUGUGGAAAAAUAGGGUAACUGAACGUUAUGUAGUUUAAAUUUUGUGGAAGAAAAUAUUAAAAUAUAACAAAACAGUAAGAAAACAAUAUAUUAGAUGAAGAUUGGUAGAACUUUUGUUGGUAAUCAAAUUAAGUAUGUAAAUCAAAGCAUUACAUACCUACUAGAUAAAUAAAUCUACGCCAAAAAAUCAUAAUUUAAAAAUAAAAAUCGGACCUAAUUUGGGAUUUCUCUAAAAUCCCCAUUCUUGAGAAAAUAAAUGUACAGUAGAGCGUCGAUUAUCCGAACGUCGAUCAACCGAACGACCGCUUAUUCGAACUAUCGACUCCCGCGUCCCGCACUCGAAUACCGAGCAAGCGUUAGUAAUUGACGCUUAAAAUAUCUUCAAUUUUCUUCAAUAUUGUAUCCAAAAAUAAUUAUGUUGUUGCAAAGACUGCACUUUUUUGUUUAGUUGCUAGUUGUCAUUAUCAAGAUAUAAAUAAAUAUGUAGGUAUAUAAAUAUGGCUUUUAUUCAUGGAUAAAUAUGUGACUAUAAAUAUGUAUCAAUAUAUUGUAGUUCGAUUAUCCGAACAAAUAGGUUUUCCGAACACCUAUGUCCCCCAAUUAGUUCGGAUAAUCGACGCUCUACUGUAUUUCAACCUAAUCCAAAUGUAUAAUUACAAUAUGAUUAUAAUAAAAACUACUUACCAAAUUAGAAUGAGUUUUCUUUGUCCAAAAUAGUCCAAAAGUCCAAAAAUAUAGGUAUAUGAAAACUAUUUAAAAAGGCAGUAUAACUAUUAACUAACUUUUUUUGUUGUUUCUUUUCACACAAAUUUUAAAACGCAACAACCAUUAAUAAUCUAACUACAGCUGUGCCACAGCCGCCAUAUUGAAUAAUUUUUGACAUGUCAUUUGAACAUCCAAUCAGAACAAAGUUAUAAUGCGCAUGCGCCGGGAUCAUAGGUUUUAACAUAUAAAAAUUCACCCUCAUAUCGCCGGUAAAGAAGUAUAACUUCAAAAAAAAAUUAACAUUUAUUACAACAUUUAAUUUUUUUAAACAAAUAUUUGAUUUAUGCUACCACCCAAUCAACUGAUUUAUUCAAACUAGAAAAAAAUCAGGUCCGGCUUUAAAAAUUUAGUUCGUUUGGGUCUUAGAAAAAAUUUCACCCUGUAUACGCUUUUUGGAAACUCUAAUAUGAAUUUUCCAAAUUAGACAAAUAGGCAAUUAAAAUGGCAUAUUUAUUUUUUUCCUCACACGAUUACUUAAUUUUUUAUUUAAAAAUCAAAUUUGUCAAAAUCGCAAUUUUACCAUAAAAUUA